GAGCCUGCGGUAUUUAAAGCACAAAACAAAGAUGGCGCGGAACUGCGAGAAGAAGCUCAUUGGCCUCAACAGAUUAUGGCUUGCCAAGCAACAAAAAGAUGAAGAGGAGAGCCGUCCUACGAGACCACAUCUGCGUUCACUGAACAGUGCUUCAGAGGUUAAAAAGUGGAUUCCUGGAAUAAAAAAGGAAUUGGACUAUUAUUUAGAUCAACUUUCUGGAGCCAGAAAACAUCGUUAUCCUGACACAAAAAUGAAAGAAUUUGAAAAGAAGGUGGAAGAACUUGAAAAUGAAUACAAAAGGUUUGUCAAAAAGGUUUAUGAACUAGAUCCCAGCACAACAAGUGUUCCAUGGCAGCCAAGAGGUUAUGUCAGUAAACGGAAAACUACAGAUAGCUCACAAACAGAAGUGAAACCUAAAAAGAUCUGCACUCCUUUGUUGGAAAAGGAGGAUGCAAAUUCAUCAGAUGUGCAAAGUGGGAAGAUGAGAGAUUCUGCAGAUCUUCUAUUCACAGCCUGUGGCAGGACAACACAUCCUUCAAAUGACACAUGUAAAAUAAACUCAAAGAAUAUUGGAGGUGAUUUGGAACACCAGAGGGAUCAUAUAGAUGUUGGACCUAAACAUGCUCUAGGUUUAGAUUAUGACUCCUCCAGUGACUCUGAUGAUUCUUAGCACAGUUAAUAUCCAUAGGACUCAAGGCAGAACUUAAGAAUAAAUAUCAGGCAUCAGAACAAAACAGGGUAAGUUAGGUGAAGAUGGCUCUACCUCAGGUAUCUGGGUUACUUUCAAUACUAUUGAAACUACCUGGAAGGAAAAAGAACUAGAUAUACAUAAUAUUGUUACAUAUACAUGCAUACAUGCUUACUCAAUGCAUUACUUAGAAAGUGCAAGAAGGAAAGAGAUUGUGGAAUGAAAUUUUAUUUCAUUUAUUUUUUUUAUUUGUCUACAGUAUAUACAACAUAUAACAUUGUAAACUAAUAUUAUACAAAGGAAAAAAUAUUUUUUCUGUGUCUAAGAGGUAUAAACUGUUAUUUUCAUCAACUAUUCAGUCUUACACCAUGAUCUCAGCUGGUGAUGGCAGAUGCAAUUUUAUAUAAAUUUGUUUGCCCUAUAGUUUUUCAAACAGUUGUUUAUUGUUUCCAUGGAAACAACAAAUGCAGUUCCCAUAAGUGACAUUUCUUAUUCUCUUUUUCAGGUUCUGCAGUUUCUUUGGGAUCUUUAGACACACAAAAACUGCACUAUAAUUUCAAAUAUUUGAUAAAGUUUUUAUUUCUAGUAACCUUUAUUUGUAAAGACAAACAAACAAAGACAAUUGAUACAAGUAUAUGAAAGGUAAUUCUUAAUUGUAUUAGGAAAUUAUGCUAGAUUUGAAAAUAACUUUUUAAAUAUAUGUAAAAAGCAAAACAAGAAAGAUAAAAAAAAUAAACUGUUAACACUAGAACUAUUUUCUGCAUCCCUGGAAAUGGCUGGAAAUCAGCUGCAUAAUCUUCAUCUUAAUCCUUGCUAUGAGAGAAUCUCAA